AUGAUCUCAGCAUCUGGAAAUUUUGACUAUCCUUCGCUCAAAGAGCUACUAAAGGAUACGACUGCUGAAGUCCUACUUCCGGGUGACGGCGAAGAGUAUGAAAAGAGCAUCGAAAGGUGGAGUGAGCACUGCAUCAAACGAGCUGUGGGUUUGCCCGAUUUCGCUGCUGUAAUCAGAGUCCGGUCCGCAGAUGACGUUUCCGCAACUCUAGCUCAGAUACGCGAGCACAGCAUCCCGUUCACAGUCCGUGGAGGAGGCCACAGCACAUCCGGAGCCGCAUCUAUCGAGGAUGGCAUCGUCAUCGAUCUUUCUAAGAUGCGCAAGGUGACUGUCGACGCGGAUGCCAAAACGAUCAAAGCCGAAGGAGGAACUAUCUGGGAAGACGUCGAUGUUGAAGCUGCCAAGUUUGGACUUGCGACUGUUGGAGGUACAGUCAACCAUACCGGUGUAGGCGGUUUGACACUAGGGGGAGGCUAUGGUUAUCUCACUGGAAAGUAUGGCUUAACAAUUGAUAACCUCUUGUCUGUUGACAUGGUCCUCGCUUCUGGUGAGCAAGUUGUCGCAUCAGCAACCUCGAAUCCCGACCUCUACUGGGCUGUGCGAGGUGCAGGUCAAAACUUUGGAGUAGCAACGGCAUUUACAUUCCAAGGCUACGCACAGAAAAACUCUGUCUUUGCAGGACCAUUGGUCUUCCUUCCGGACAAAAUACCGCAGAUCGUUGAGUUCCUGAACAAGUUUCAUACUACAAACGACGGCAACCAAGCCAUGCUCAUGGGCUUCUCCGCUCCACCACCUGCCAAUGCACCCGUUGUACUUUGCCAGAUCUUCCACAAUGGCACUGAAAAAGAAGGAAAAGCCUUCUUUGCUGACCUAUUUGAACUUGGCCCUAUAGCGAACAUGACCGCCAUGAUACCUUACCCACAGCUAAAUAGCCUUCUUAACCAGGGGGCCGGGUUCGAUGGGCGUAAGCUUUUCGGUGGAGGUGCUUUCAAACUUCCGAUAGACUCAAAUUUCGCUGUGCAGCUUCAUGCAGAGUUCAACGCUUUUGUGGCUUCGCACGAACGGAUGAACGAGAGCAUGAUACUCUUCGAAGCCGUUCCUUACCAGAAGGUCAUAGAGGUUCCCAACGACAAGAUGGCGUUCUCGAACCGCGGCGAUUACUACAAUGUCGCUGUGAUGAUGAAAUGGUUUGAGCCCUUACUCGACGAGGAGAUCCGUACAUUCUCACGGAACCUCCUCAAGAAGGCCUCAGUGACUGCUGCGGACCGUUUAAAGGAUGAUGGUGUGGCUCAGUACGGCAACUAUGCUUCUGCUGAUGUUGAGGCAAACGAGAUCUUCGGCGCAAAUGUCAAGCGACUUGAGGAGCUCAAGCAUAAGUACGACCCUGAUAAUCUGUUCAGCCACGGCACGAAGUUGACACCGCGCCCCUUGGUGGUCGUUAACUAA